UACUCAACGAGCUUCAUAUCGUUCGUUCUAUACCUCGUCCGGAACACACAGUAGUCACACACUACCCACUUCCCUCUCCCACGACAUGUAUCCAAACAGGGCGGUUUCUUAGUUUGCUUGACACCAAAAUCCCAAGAUGAAAAAGGCUUCAAGGUGGCUCCGAGGACUUCUCGGGCUGAAAAAACCCGACCCCUCUUCGUCAUCUUCUCAGGCUCCCACCACAGCCACGUCCAAGCCACCGCCCAAGAAGAAAUGGAGCUUUGUCAAAUCCUACAGGGAAAAGGACAGCAACGUCCCCAUCCCCAUGGAGAACAAGUCUCGAAGCAGCAGCGCCGUUGUCGGCCCGGCUCAGCCGAGUGAUGAUAAUGAUGAUUCCGGCAAUCAUGCUAUUGCCGUAGCUGCUGCCACGGCGGCUGUUGCUGAGGCUGCUGUCGCUGCCGCCCAAGCCGCCGCUGAAGUAGUCAGGCUAACAAGCAGCGGCAGAGCUGCUUCUGCUUCGAACAUAACCAGAAUGACGACGUCGUUUGCGAGGGGGGAUUCUUCACCGGCGCAUGUUGACGAGAGUGGCGCAGGCUAUGGGAAUCGUGGAGAGUGGGCAGCCGUUAAAAUUCAGUCCCAUUUUCGAGCGUAUCUGUCAAGAAGAGCUUUACGAGCACUGAGAGCACUUGUGAAGCUUCAAGCAUUAGUUCGAGGUCAUAUUGUGAGAAAGCACACUGCAGACAUACUAAGAGAAGUGCAGGCACAAAUGCGAGCAGUGUUGCGAGUCCAAGCGCGGGCGAGUACGGUCCGUGCUCAAGUCUUUGAAUCGCCCCACAAAGCUAAUCACAUCCAUUACCCUGGCCCUGCAACUCCUGAGAAAUUUGAAUGUAUAUCACGGGCCAAGAGUAUGAAACUUGGUGAAAAUCUGCUGUUCAGGAGAAAUAGCUUAAAAAACUGGAAGAUCUCAAGCUAUCAGGACUCCAGAAUGGAUAUCAAGUCAUGGGAACACGAAGGAUCAUCUACGAAAACUGGCUUCAGAGGUGACGAGGCGAAUGACAAGGUUCUCGAGAUUGAUACUGCGAGGCCUCAAACCAGGCACAAAAUUAGGAACCUUUUUCACUCUUCUCAUCUCAGCAUUGGCUCGGACCAAUGUAGUCAUAGCUUCACCACAUCAAAAGACUCCACAGUUCAUCAAACGGUCCCAAGUCCAUCUUCUUGCGAGGUCCAAUCCGUGAGCCCUCUGAAGUUCUCACACGAUGUCGAGGAUGAUCCUUUCUGCACAGCUGCAAAUAGUCCACUGCUUCACUCAGCUUCAUCUAAAGGCGGUUCAAAGAGAGGACCCUUUACCCCAGCCAAAAGUGAUGGCUCAAGAAGCUGCUUAAGUGGCUACUCUGACUGCUACUAUCCAAACUACAUGUCCUGCACUCAAUCUUCCAAGGCGAAGAUAAGGUCCCUAAGUGCUCCUAAACAAAGGCCUCAGUACGAGAGAUCAAGCUCAACUAAGAGGUUUUCAAUGUAUGGCUAUGGUGAACCAAAAUUCAGCAAUCCUCAAAGGGUUUCUGCAUUGCAUGCCAGCUUCACCAGCAAAGCUUAUCCAGGGUCCGGACGAUUGGACAGGCUUGGCAUGCCCAUUAGAGAAGAAGCCAUUGGGUUCAGUGGAGGCCAGUGGCAUAGAUUUUAGAGUACUCUUAUUGACUUUAGCCACUUUCCUUUUUUUUUUUUUUUUUUUUUUUCUAGUAUGAGGUACUGGCUGACAAAAGGCUAGCUUAGGUCGCUUUUGUAACUUAUUUAAAAUUUAUGAAAUAUUGACCGAGAGUCAGAUCUGGUACAGUAAAGAUCAUGGUGAUUAUAGCUCCAACCAAGCAAAGAUACU